AUGUUACACAGCCACCGCUUGGUUAUUUUGAGAAGAGUAUUUUUAAUUGCUGCAAUUCUUUACGGUUUAAGAGCUAUAGUUCUCGGAGUUACCUUCUUGCCGCCAUCCUUUGAAAAUCGGGAUACCAUUUGUAGACCUCAAAUGAAUGGAACUUCAAUGUAUGCAGACGAAAUAAUGGCUAGAUUUGUUACCUAUGUUGUUACACUUGGAUUGACUUCUAGUCAACCAGAAAUUCUUUGCGGUGAUUUAAUGUUUAGUGGGCACACUGUUGUUUUAAGCAUAAUGUAUUUUACUCAAUUGCGUUAUAGUCCUAGAGGAUUGUUUUUAAUUAGAUGGAUAGCCCUUCCAGUGACAUUUUUGGGUAUCGGGGCUUUGGUGUUGAGCGGUGGACAUUACACAAUGGACGUAUUAAUUGCAUAUUGGCUUACUUCUCACGUCUUUUGGGCUUAUCACCAAAUGUUUGAAUGUCCCAGACAUCGAAGACCUAAAGCGCCGCUUUCAAAUAUUUGGUGGUUUUGGCUCUGUUAUUGGUUUGAAAACGAAGUACCCGAUACUGGACCUUUAAAAAACGAGUGGAAUUGGCCUUUUUCUGGACCUAGAUGUUUGCAUCGAUUAAUGGCAAAAUUAAAUUGUAAAUUGAAAUAA